UAAUAAAAGGAGAUAUGAAGUUCAGCACUGUCAUUAUUGUUUCAUUCCUAUUCCUUGCUGACUUUUGUGCAGCUCAAUCUGGGGUCCUUGACAUAGCAAAAUUUGGAGGAAAACCAAAUUCUGAUAUCGGGAUGGCUUUGACAGCUGCUUGGAAGGAAGCAUGUGCAUCAACAACUGCAGCGAAAAUAGUGAUUCCAGCUGGUACAUACCAGUUGAAUGGAAUUGAACUUAAAGGUCCUUGUAAGGCUCCUAUUGAACUUCAAGUUGAUGGAACAAUUCAAGCACCUGCAGACCCUAGCGUAAUAAAAGGGACCGAACAAUGGUUCAAGUUUCUAUAUAUGGACCAUCUUACCUUAUCAGGCAAAGGAGUUUUUGAUGGUCAAGGUGCAUCUGUUUACAAAAAAGCUCAACCUGCAGCUGCUUGGAGUGGUAAAGGCGGUAACUCAAAAAAUUUCAUGAAUUUCGGUUUUAAUUUCGUCAACAAUUCCCUCGUCCACGGCGUUACUUCUAAGGACAGCAAAAAUUUCCAUGUUAUGGUUUUCGGAUGCAAUAAUAUUACAUUUGAUAGCUUCACAAUUACUGCCCCUGGAGACAGUCCCAACACUGAUGGAAUCCACAUGGGAAAAUCAACUGGUGUUAAAAUUCUUAACACUAACAUCGGUACCGGAGAUGACUGUGUCUCAAUUGGUGAUGGUAGUAAACAAAUCACUGUCGAAGGUGUGAAGUGUGGACCUGGUCAUGGUCUUAGUAUUGGAAGCCUUGGAAAGUUUACGACUGAAGAAAAUGUAGAGGGGAUUACAAUUAAGAACUGUACUCUGACAGCAACUGACAAUGGUGUGAGGAUCAAGACUUGGCCUGAUGCACCGGGAACAAUUACUGUUUCUGAUAUACAUUUUGAAGAUAUUACCAUGACGAAUGUCAAGAACCCUGUCAUCAUAGACCAAGAGUAUUGUCCAUGGAACGCGUGCUCCAAAAAGAAUCCAUCAAAAAUAAAGUUAAGCAAGAUUACAUUCAAGAACGUUAAGGGAACCUCAGGAACUGCAGAAGGAGUUGUUCUUAUUUGCAGCAGUGCCGUACCAUGUGAUGGUGUCGAGCUAAAUAAUGUUGAUCUCAAAUUCAAUGGAGCACCAACCACAGCGAAGUGUACCAAUGUCAAACCUAUAGUUACAGGAACAGCUCCUGUAUGUCAAGCUCCAGGUGCAGCUCCAGCUGCAUCCACAACUGCAUCUCCAGCUGCUGGAAAAGCUCCUGCUGGAAAAUCUCCUGCUAAAUAAUUUUGAUUCUUUUUUUUUCUCAUUAUCUUUAAAGAGUAGACAAACCAUCCCCAUAAUGCGAGGAUGUUGACAGAUAGUAGUAUAGUCUCAUGGGAAUA